AUGGUCGUCGAGGAGCCACCAUGGUGCAAGGGUAGGCAUCGAGAAGUGGUCACGGCUCUUGCAGGGACGGCAGCGGCGGCUACCACGCUGGAACUGGUGGCGAAGAGCCGAGACUGCACGCUGAUGGCGGCGGAGACCCCUCUGGCGGAGGAGGUGGGUUCCCGCGGGUGGCUGGGCGAGUACCUCGACCGCGUCGCCACCUCGGCGUCGUCCCUCUCCGGUCGGUGGAGCGAGCGGCUGAGCCAGGGCCGCCGCAGCCACAGCCUCCGUCACGACGACUCGUGGCGCCGGGAUCCGGCGGCGGCUGCGGCCAAGUCGGCGACGCCAGCCGCGGUGGCAGCCCCCGGCGAAGAAGCCCUGGCGGGGAAGCCGGGAGAGCACCGCGACCGCGACAACCUCGCCCCCUCCGCGUCCGCGUCGUCCCUCUCCGGGCGGUGGAGCCAGGGCCACCGGCGCGACGAGUCUUGGCGGUGGAGCCAGGGGAGCGGACUCAGGGGGAGGGAGGGGCGCGGCUCCGGGGGUGGAAGGGGAGCGGCGGUCGGCGAGGAGUCGGCAGCGGGAGGCGCGGGAUCCCGAUCCGUCGUGAGAGAAUGGGGAGGAAAGGAAGGGGAAGGGUGCGGGGAAAGGGAAGGGGGAGGAAAAAGAAAUCAACCGUAA